AUGGCAACAUCACAAGGACCAACAUCUACAGGCGAUAGCAUUAGCUUAUCAACGACACCAGCAACAGUUAGUGCGCCACCAACAGUCACUCCGUCGGUUACUGUUGUUCAAUUGUUACCAUUGGAACUUGUUGAUAAAUGUAUUGGAUCAAGAAUUCAUGUUAUUAUGAAAUCCGAUAAAGAAAUCGUCGGAACAUUACUUGGUUUUGAUGAUUAUGUGAACAUGGUACUUGAGGAUGUGACCGAAUUUGAAACGUUACCGGAUGGUGGUAGUCGUAUAACAAAACUCGAUCAAAUACUAUUGAAUGGCAAUCAUGUUGCUAUGCUUGUACCCGGUGGUGAAGGACCAAGUACAACCGGUGGAGCAGUAUAA